AUGGGAACAGAGCUCUGGUUACAGGAUACUGUUACCAUUCUUACUCAUCUGGCGAACUUAGGAUACAAAGUCAACAAAGCCAAACUGCAGAUAUGCCGACCUGUCGUGACAUUUCUAGGAUGGAGGGUUUCCAGCAAGGGUCACUCCCUGACUGCUGACACCAGAGGUUGCAUCCUGAAUCACCCGAAGCCAACUACCGUGAGUCACCUUCUGUCUUUUCUUGGCUUGACAGGUUAUUCCAGGAACUACAUCCCUAAUUACUCAGGCUUGGUUGCACCUUUGAGGGCUGAAAUUACCAGACGGCCGGAUGUUGUCACGACAACCCCAUGGUUAGCUCCAAUAGUUUGGGACGGCACAUUCGAUCAGACAGUGAUUGACGUCAUUUACAAACAACAAAACAUCACAGUGGCAACCACCGUAUUUGCUUUGGGCAAGUACGUUGACUUCCUGAAGGACUUUUUGGAGACGGCAGAGAAGAACUUUUUUCUGCAUUACAACGUUUAUUAUUACGUGUUUACUGAUCGGCCGGACGAUGUUCCAGAGGUGACUCUGAGUCCGGGACGUAAGCUGACUGUUCUAAAAACGGCGAGCUCGGACCGCUGGCAGGAAAUCACGCUGAGGAGAAUGGAGAUGAUCGAGAAGCUGAUCGAGGAACACCUCAUUCACAAAGCCGAGUACAUAUUCAGUCUUGACGUGGACUGCAAGUUCUAUGGCCCCUGGGGGGCGGAGUCUUUGGGUGACAUCAUCGCCACUCUGCAUCCUGGGUAUUACGGACAAUCGCGAAACAAAUUUCCAUACGAGCGGCGGCCUGAAUCGCAGGCCUACAUCCGGCAAGAAGAGGGGGACUACUACUAUGGGGGUGCAGUGAUCGGGGGGCGCGUGGACAGGGUGCUCAAACUCACCAAGACGUGUCGCAAACAGCUGGACGUGGACCGAGAAAAUAAAAUCGAGGCGGUGUGGCAAGAGGAGUCUCAUUUAAACAAGUACUUCCUGUACAACAAACCCAGCAAGGUGCUCUCACCUGAGUACCUGUGGCAGGACUUCAAAGCAAAAACUCCCAACAUAAAAGUGAUCCGUUUCUCUCAGGUCAUCAAGAACUAUGCACAGGUUCGACCCAACCCCUGA